AUGGAAAGUAAGCCUGAUUCUGCUGAAGCAUAUGAUUUAUUGAAAAAUAUUGAUAGAGCUGGUGGGCCUUAUAACAGAUCAACAAAACAAUUAUUAGCCAUUGAUUCUAUGAUUGUACAGAGAAAUAUACUACUUCCCAUUUCUCAGGAAAAAAACCUGCCUACACCCGAGUAUACAAUGCCAGUUAAGAUUCAUUCUAAAAUAAAUUUGUUAUCAAACAGUGUACCUGAUCAAGAUGUAAAACUUGUCCCCGAAUUGCUUACCAGUCCACCCUUGCGCGAGAGUCCGUUGACUGAUUAUUCUGCAGAAACCGAUAGAACUCAGAUCAAAACGACUGAACUAACUGAAGUGUCGAAUGGCUCUCAAAAAAAUACUAUAAUUUUCGGUAGUCAAACCGGCGACCAUAACUUCACAAUAUACGUAAAACAGAGCGAUGUGAGAAAUUUAAAGCUUAACAUAGAAGUCAAAAAUGUAUAUGGCUCUAUGAUUGAAGCAAAUCAUAAUCAUUAUGUAAAAUCAACGACAUCGGUCGUAAAUACUCCCGAGUACGACUUCCAGGACUCCUCUAAGAACCGAGCUGAAACCAAAAACUAUCACGAAGUACUAACUCUCACCGAGCCAUGGCGUCCACAAAUCUCCUAUGAGCAAUUACAACCAAAAGCCAACGGCCAAGUAGGAGUUUGUCGAAGUAAUUGCUGCCCGUGUUCCAAAACAGAAGGUGCAGCACCCAUUUAUGUUGACAAUAAUAACUACUUUAUAUUGGUGCCCCCAGAAGAUAUGAACAAGCAAUUAUUAAGGUACCACUGCGCUUGCAAUAUGGAAACUACCCAAGAAACCAAUCGUGAGAUGCCCGCUUACGACGAGUUACCGAAUGUUAAAAACCAUAUUAUUGGUAAACUAGACGGCAAUACGAGUUCACCAACAGACACAAGCGACUUAAAUGAAAAUUUGGAAAGAAGUAAAGAAUGCAUCAUCAAAGUCCAAAUUCAAUCAAAGCAAAGCAGUUGGAGCGCGUCACAGAAAUUCGUGACCUUGGACUAA